AUGGCUAUCCCACGGGGUGCCCAUCACGCGCGCGACGACAGCGCUCCUCCUAUCGGUGCAAUUGACAACAUUAAUGGCGAUGCAACUCCUACCAGCACGACCACGACUCCCUUGGCGAGUAGCAAACCAACUCCUACUCCUGAGGCACCGGAACUGCUUGGAGCCUUCGUCGAGGCCUAA